AUGACUGCUGUUGCAUCACCGCCUAGUGUGCAAGAGGGUCCUCGCUUGGGAUGGUACGACUCUGGUAAAGGAGGACAAGGAGCCCUGACUUCAAUGAACGACGAAGUUUCACGGAUGUUUAUGCCCCGGAAGACGAUUCAGAGAUCCAACUCCUCGUCGUCUUUAGGAUCAAACUCCUCCACCUCCACCGUAGUCGCCGGUUCACAAAACGCUCAUGCAGUACAAAGUAACAACGCUGAAUCUGGUACCUGGUCUUCGAAGAAAAAGUCCUCCCGGAGCAUUUGGCCGAGCACUAAGUCUGAACCGGCAACUGGAGUGAGUACCACACGCACGCAGGUGAUGCCUGCAUUCUCCUCUGGGCCUGGUGCUGCUUCGACCGUGUCCGCUCUCCAUCAGCCUUCGUCUAUUGUUCCCUCGCAGCACAUGCUCCAGUCUUCCCAGCAGAAUGGCGUCCGCGCUGGCAGCGCGCCAUCAGGGGAGCCGCCGGCCAUAUUGACGCUUCUGCCAAUCAAUGGCACCUUUGACAAGAAGCAGAUUACUGUUCCUUUUUACCCAGAAGUUUUGCGAAUUGGACGACAGACAAAUGCGAAAACCGUUCCUACCCAUGUGAACGGGUUCUUCGAUUCCAAGGUGCUUUCUCGACAACACGCGGAGAUAUGGGCGGACAAGACUGGCAAAAUCUGGAUUCGAGAUGUCAAAUCGUCAAACGGGACCUUUGUCAAUGGCCAGCGCCUGUCUCCGGAGAACCGCGAGUCGGAACCACACGAACUUCGCGAAAACGACACCCUGGAGUUGGGGAUUGACAUUGUCAGUGAGGAUCAAAAGACGAUCGUCCAUCACAAGGUCUCCGCUAAAGUUGAGCACGCUGGGAUCUAUGGGACCAUGCCAAACAUCUUCGACCUCACCCUAGGAGAUUUGGAUCCCGCUUCUGGUAACGGUCUUCUCCCUUCCCCGCUCAGUCAGCCUCUGUCGCAUCUCCGAGGGCGCUCCGGGAGCACGAUGAGCAAUAGAAGCUCGCAAAGCGCUGCGAGCAGUCAACUCAGUGCGUUGCAGCAGCAACGUCAGAUGAAUUACUGGAAUUCUCCAAUCUCCAUCGAACAGAUUGUCAAGCGGCUUACAAGUGAAAUGAAACAGGCAAAGCAGCAAGCACAAGAUCUCCGGCAAACAGACGAAUUUUUGACUUCUUUGACGAAACCGGGUCACCAAGAAAAAGAGAAAGCAAAGCACUCGCCACCAGACAGCGGUGUCUCGCGUCAAGUCAACGGCAGACCUAAGAUGCCGCGCGUCGAUUCGUUCUCAAGAUUCUCAGAUCCCCCUGCACCACCACCGCAGCAACCACUUCCCGAAAAGCCUGAUGCACCACCCCGCACGGGUGCGGAUGCAUUCUCUCCUCUCAAACGGUCGGAUACGGAGAAGCCGAAAUUAGGUUCAAAUAACUCUCCUGUUUCGCGUGAGUCCAGUCAAAUUAUGUCUUUGAUCGAGGCAUUGUCGUCCGCCAAGCGGGAGCUGGAUAGUCAGGGUGCCCGUGUAAAGGAAUUGGAGACUCUAUUGCUACAAGAACGUAACGCACGGGAGUCUGCGGAGGAGAAGGCCAGAAAUCUGGAGCUGCAGGCAAAGGGCAUCGACGGAAAAUCGCUCGAACAGAGUAUGGGUUCUCGGUCCGAUGAUGCGGCGAUCAGCGAGAAACACGCGCAUGAGCAGCCUGCCAACGCGGAAAUGCCUCCUAACUCGGGCUCAGACAAAUCGUCCACCUCAGAAACUCUAGCAGACACUCAGGCUUAUCAUUUGCAACUUCGCCUUGAAAUGAUGAUGGAAGAAAUGGAGGAAAUGAAGAAGCAAGUCGCAAUGUUUAGAAAUAGGGCAGAAAAAGCGGAGAGCGAGACGGUGGAAGCACGCAAGUCCCUGGCGGAGAUGAUCGAGACUCUGCGGCGUGAGCGUGCAGAGAAGUGCGAGAUAAGCAACGAAUCUGCAGCGCAGGAGAUUGCUAUUACUCGCGAUCUUCCGGCGACUGACGAUGCCGGCCAUGUUGGAGGCGGAGAAGUCGAGAAGCAAGCACAUCCAAUUACGACACCGUCAUCGUCAUAUACCAACGUCAAUGGUUCUGGCACGGCGUUCGCGAAACAGCCCUUGAAACACGAUGUUCUGGAACAGACCAGCCCGUAUGCGUCGAUGCUUGGAGUGGUACUUCUAGGGGUAGGCCUUAUGGCAUACCUGAACGGGUGGCAGAAGAUGGACAAGUAA